AUCAUUAUGAGAGAGAGAAUAAAAAUGCAAUGAGAAAUGUUAACGAUUUUAUAGUUAUUGAGACCCGGAUGGAGAGUCACACAAUAAAUGCUGAACUCAUUAUACCUUAGGAUUAGUUUGGAUAAUAAUGGACACAAGAAAUCUAUCUAGUUUACUCUACUAAAAGACAAAAAUCUGUCAAGAUGACACAUUUCGAAGGAUUUAUCUCAUUUGUAAUCAUCAUCAUCAUUGUGCUCGUCACUGCACCAUUUUCCUACGGAAACUUGGACUCAAAUCUGUUGGAAGAUGAUAAUAAUAAGUUACGUUAUGCUAAUGGAGAAAGUGCUCAAAUUGUUGCUCAAUAUGUGGAACCAGUUUCGCGAGAUAUUCCAGUAAACCCACUAUUUUACGGAUUCUUUUACGGCUACAACAUAUCAGACUCGUUGCGUCUGAUUAGCGAGAAAUACCUUUCAGCAAGCUAUGACACCGUUCCAGAGUUCACCGUUUUUUUGGACAAAGCCAUGUACGAGAUGAAUGUCACGGAUCCAUUUGCAUAUUACCAGAAACCUCUAGAUCCUGAAACAGGGCGGAUUGAUCCCUAUUUUCAUACCACAGCUAAGUUUUGUGGACGAAAAGACUGCCUCGAGUACUGGAACAAGGCUGGAAAGUACUUGGGAAAACCAUUUGACAUGCAUUUGGUUGGUCUGUUUUUUACAAAACGAACGUAUGGGAUUCGCGUAAAACUGACGGUGGAGGAACAAAGCAUUUUCGAAGUUGAUGAACGAAGCAACAGCAUUCAAGCCGUGGACAACGAUAGCAUCAGCAAUGCACCAACAAACCGUUCUAACCAAGAAGACCACAAUAACGUCCUGGCAAAUGAAGUAGUUGGACACGAGUACGAGGGGUAUUUUCAUAGCCAUCCACAUCAAGUUGUAACACAUCCACUCUAUCCUGGAAUCCACUUUUACCCACAAGAGCAAGAUUUUCAUCCUACAGAGUCUCGAGCGCAUGUUACGCUUGGCUGUGCCAGUCAGAUUACGGCUGAGCAAACUGGACUGGAUUUACUGGAAAUAAUCGACUAUGAAAUUUCCGGAGGCAUCUACCACCAUGACUUUAACAUUGGAGGGGGCGACCUUCCCCCUUCCACCUUGCGUCAAUAUGGAGGCGAUGGAGAGGAAACAGAACAAGUUUUCGUUAUCUACCCAAGCGAGAAGAUGGUCACACAAGCGACGUUCAGUGUUUAUUUGUAAAAAAAACAAUAGAUUUUUAUGAUAAUUUUCAGAUUCGUUCAAUAUUGUGAUUAAUUGCAAAUUAUCAUAUGGAUACCAUUAUUUCUGCUAUUGCAAUAAACAAGAGUUCACGUACUUUUAAUUAAGAAA